AUGGACUCUUACUAUCCAGAGAAGAUCGUCUUUGACCACUCUCGACAUGAUUCGCUCUCUCGCUCGAUGAGAAGUAUGAAUCGACAUGAGAUGGGAGAUCGGUCGAAUACCUGUGGUAGUCCGUCAACGGAUUUAGAUGCCAAGUUACGCAACACGCAACGACGCCGUGUUCCAGUGGCGUGUCACCGAUGUCGAAAAAGGAAGAUCAAGUGCAGUGGUGAUGCUGGAGAUGGCCAAGGCUGCUCCAACUGCCGUAGCUCUGGGAGUAAAGACUGCCAAUUCUUUCGAGUGAGAGCUCACAAUCUUGAUGAUAAAGAGAUAACUGCACACCACAAGGCGAAAGGAUGGGAUCCUUACCUGAACAUGGGAGUAGCUGCACCAUCCCAGCUUGGGAUACCGAGCCAUGCUCAACAAAAAGCAGCACUUGCCUCUAUGAGGUCUCCACAGACUCCGACUCACCAUGCCGCGUUUCAGCGUACACCGGAUUUUGAUCUUAAUCCAGCGGAUGCCCAUGUCUUUCAGCGAUCCGGAAUUGCAAAUGCCAUACUGUAUGAGGAUGAGCCACCGGUCAACUUCACCCAGUCCUCUCAGUACAUGAUGCCAAAUGCACCUGGAGUGAUGAUGGAUUACGGAUCACCUGUUUGGACCAAAGGCUGGGACUCUAUGUCCAACACUGGCAGAACGUCUAAUGGGGGCAUAUAUCCUGAACUACAGACAAAUGCCUCGAUGAAUCAACCGCAGUUUGCCUACAUGCUACCCAGUCAAGGUCACCCUUUAUCUGAGCUUCCCCCGUCCACAAAUACUGCUAUGAGUGCAGUUUCCUCUCCUGAUAUGUCUGGAUCAGACCGUACCUUGCCCACUCCCACUUCUCGGAACCAGCAAGGUCCUGUCCCUAAUCUGGGAUUUCUUCCCACUGAGGGAAAUUCGAACAUGUCUUGGUCUCCACCCGAUUUCAAAGGAGAUUUCAAAGGGGUAUUUUGGAGUCCACGUGUAGCAACCUCUAUUGGAAGCCCACAACAGACUAUUCCAAGCAAUGUUCCCUUUACCAGCAGUCCUGAACUCUUAAACAAGGGUGUCAAUGCUCCAGAUCUGAUCUUCACAUAUCCCACUACCUCCGAAGAUUCAAACACAGCUCUACUUUGCUCUUCUUCUAUAUCUUCCGCAGCAUUACCAUCUACAGCAAGCAGCGUCACCUCCACAUACCCUAUCCUUGGAACGCUUGAUACCGCAUCAGACUACUCAAGUAUGGCCAGCGACAUCAAACCAAUUCGAAAAUCCUCCCGAGACCACACCCGUGCCGGCCAACGGCAUCAUGCACUGACCAACGAAUGUACCUCGGACAUCUAUGGAUACAGCAGCAGUGCAAAGCGUAAGGCACGUGGUGGCUCUGACCCCGAUACCCGUACCCUUGUCAGUGGGCUACCAUACACUCGUGUGCAGCAUCGGGACUCACCCGGCACUAGCUUCUCAUUCAAUUUACUUCCGGAAGCACUGCCCGAGUAUCACCGUGCUGUGGUCGAGAACGUACAUCGCCCACCUGUUGAGCCCUUGGGUAACCAGGGAGCUUACUAG